GCCACUCUAAGUUAGAGGAAUUAGCAUUGUGCUGAGCUGCCCGGCGUCGUCACCGGAAUCGGGAGACCGAACAAGGCCGUAAACCAAAAUCUCGCCUCCUACUUCCGCUGCUACUGCUCCUGCUACCUACUCCCUUUCUACCACCACAACAGCAAUCUAUUUCUCAUCCCCAAAACUACAAUCUCCUUCAGCGGAAUCACCCCCUGAAUACGAUAUUUCUCAUCCCCCAUCCCCACCCUUGAAUCGAGUUUCAUAUCUUCAACACCCCUCUACGAUCAUCAUGUCGUCACUUGAUAUCUCCCCUGAAAUAGGGCGCGCCUACCAGAAGCUCGUUUCCGGCUCUGCUCCCAACAAGCCCUCGCCAACCUACGCUCAGUGGGCCGUCUUCUCGGUAUCGGUGCCGCUACAGAAUGCUUUUGUUCAGAGCUCGGCAAAAGCUAGCACUCUCAAGGUGCACGCUGCCGGAGAUGGCGAGUUGGAAGAGUUAAUAGAGGAGUUCAACGAUGGAAAGGUACAAUUCGCUUUCGUCAAAGUCAAGGAUCCGAACUCGGGACUUCCCAAGUUCGUCCUGAUCUGCUGGUGUGGUGAUGGUGUUCCCGAGCGAGUCAAGGGCUACUUCACAGGCCAUCUGAAUGCAGUGACAAAAGUGCUACACGGCUACCACGUUCAAGUGACCGCCAGGUCAGACUCUGACCUUUCUCCCGAAGCGAUUAUCCAGAAAGUUGCCGAUGCAUCCGGCUCCAAAUAUUCAUCAUCGUCUUCAUCCAAUGCGCCUCCCCCAACCGCGCCGAAACCACCGGUCGCUACCAAGCCUGUCUUCCAGCCCACGCGCGUCUUGGGUGGAAUGCUGCCUGUUGGCUCUAGAGCUCCGGCUCGCCGUGAUGAGAAAGUGGAUGCCGAUGGAUGGGGAGCAGACGCACCGCAGGUCACUCGAAGCCAGCUCGAGAAGGUGCAGUCCGCCUAUAAGCCUACGAAGGUUGACAUCAAUGAGCUCCGUUCUCAGCCGACGUCUACCACUUCUGGGUACUCGAAAUCUUCAGAUGAACAAGGGGAGGUUGUCAAGGGUGGAUACCAACCAAUUGGAAAGAUCGACAUUGCAGCUUUGAAGAAGGGCUACAAGGAGGAGCGGCCGGAGCCGGUCAAAGGAUCUUACACGCCUAUCGAUGUGAGUUCCAUCAGGAAAGCAGCACCCGCACGUCCGGAGCCCGAACCCACACCAGCAGCAUCAGUAUCUCAGCGGGCCGGUGCUUUCUCCCAGAGCGAGCGUCUAACCUCCCUGCCAAAGCCGAAGGUGGCCAAAAAGUUCGGACCUGGCGCACCAAGCUACGGAACCAAGCCACUCACUCCCGGUGGUUUUGGUGCUAGCCCAGCUGCACCUGCGCCGGUUGCUGGUAUCAACAAAUCUGGUAUCACCAAAUCUCCCGCCCAGAUCUGGGCCGAAAAGAAGGCCAGAGAGCGUGGACUUUCCGGUGCAAGCACUCCUCCAACUCUCUCGCCGGCAACAACUGGACAGCAGCACAUCACUCCCUCCUACACCGGUGCCAGUGCAUCCAGCCAACACCACGAAGAAGAGGUUACCAGCUCCAGCACCGGUAUAAAUGCUUUGAGGAACCGCUUCUCUGGUGCGGCUCCGAUGGGAGCACCAACUCCCAGCUCUCCCCAGCGGCCAGCAAGCUUCUCUCCCACCACCACUGGCGACCGUGGGGCUCCACCCCCACCCCCAGUAGACACAUCCUCCCGUCCCUCUUUCGGCGUCCCAAUGCCAGGUCUUCCAUCUCGCUCCACCGAGGAGGAAGAAGAUGAGGAAGUCCCCGCCGUCCAGCACUCCAACAUCCCGCCACCUCCUCGGCAGCCGCGCUCUCCCACUCCCCCAACCCCUGAGAUCGAGAUGCCCCACAGCCCCGUCCGCAUUGCCAUGCCAGUGGCCCGUAGGGACGACGACGCUCUCAUCACCAAACCCGAGGAGCCCUCUACCGCUAUUCCCGUCGCCAGUCUCAGCAGCAUAGUCCCUAGGGAAUCUGAGCUUACCGACGAGGCUCCCGCGCGCCCUAGCGGUGGCGCAACCGGUGGCCAGCGUGCUGUGGUCCUUUACGAUUAUGCUGCCGACGAGGAGAAUGAGAUCAACCUGAUCGAAGGCCAAGUAGUAACCGACAUCGACAUGGUCGACGACGACUGGUGGCGCGGCACCAACGCCCUUGGACAGGAAGGGCUCUUCCCCAGCAACUACGUGGAGCUUAUGCCCGCCGGAGCCGCCGAAGCCGCAGUCGAGCGUGCUCCCUCUCCCCCGCCCUCUCCUCCGGCGCCUGCCGUGACCGAGGGAAAAACUGCACUGGCAAUUUACGACUACGAGGCCACCGAGGAUAACGAGCUUUCCUUCCCGGAUGGCGCGACCAUCGAAGAUGUGCAGUUCCCUGACGACGACUGGUGGCACGGCCAUUACAAGGGCAAGGAGGGACUAUUCCCGGCGAAUUACGUUGAGUUGCAGAAUUAGGUAUGGUGCCCUUGAUGAUGAAGUGAGAAGAACGGAGGAACGGGUUAUGAUAGGAAAAUGGUGGAGACUUGUGAAUGGUUGUUUUGUUUCAUUCGUGAUGCCUAUUUGCUUGAUGAUGCACUAGAUGAGUGUAAUGAGAGGGGCCUGUAAGGUAACAAGAUCAUUACUUCACUCUGUCUUUGCUCCUCAGUUUGUAUGAAUGAAUCCAUGGU